AUGGAUUCAGCGUGUUCCGGCCGUACAGCUGGUGUUUCGGGCCUGCGUCUGCCUGCGGCUCCGCAUACCUUUUAUAAUUUUUACAAGACGAAGAUGUGUGACAGAGAAGAGGGCAGGCCUUGUUCUUUUCCUGCAGUUUGCAGCUUCGCCCACAGCCCCGCUGAGUUGCGCCCUGUGUAUGACUUGACUAGGACCCGCAUGUGCCCCCAGCAGCAGGAAAAGGGUUUUUGUUCUUCUUUGCGGUGUCGCUACUCUCACUCUCCUUCUGAACUCCGCUCUACCUCCACCUUCUAUAAAACGCAGCUUUGCAUCGGAUUUCAGACCCCCAGCGGCUGCCGCCACGGUGAGAUGUGCCGCCAUGCGCAUGGGUUAAAAGAACUGAGGCCUUCUCCUGCUCCUCUGUACACUGUACGCCUGCCAAGACAUGGAUGCACUAAAUCUAAGAAGCAGCAAAACAAUAGCAGGUCGAAUCUCGCUGCUCCCCCCGCUGCUCCCGCUCCUACUGCCACUGCUGCUGCUCCUGCUGCUGCUGCUGCUGCUGCGGCUCCCGCCGCAGGAGCUCGAACUGGUGCUGCACUUGAGACCCCUCUUCGUCUACCUGCUGUGCGGGAAAAGGGAGGAAGUAAAAGAGGAGACAAAAAAACUCAACAGCUACUAAACGCAUGCAAAUGGCUGCUUGAGAGAAACUGCAACAACAGCAGCAGCAGCAGCAGCUGCAGCAGCAGCAGCAGCAGCAGCAGCAGCUCCAGCACCAUCACAAGCAGCAGCAUCAGCAGCAGUAACAGCAGUAACAGCAGCGUCAGCACGACUCCUCCAGCAGCUGCAGCAACAGCAACAGCAGAGCCGGUUGCUGCCUUUGCUUCUGCUAUAGGCCCUCCCCCUGGCUUUGGAGUGUCUAUACAGCAGCAUAUGGAUUUGUUAGCAGCUAAAAUUAUUUCUUGCCGUCUCUCCGGGGCCUUCCCCGCGAUAUCUCCCUCCCUGCACCCUCUCAACUGCAGCAGCUGGGACCCCACGGGCGCCGUUGCAGCCCAACAGCAGCAGCAGCAACAGCAGCAGCAGCAGCAGCAGCACCAGCGACAGCAGCAAGGUGGGAGGCGUAUUGAUAACCUGCUGCUGCCCGCGCUACCUAAAAGGAAGCAAAAGCAAACAAAAGCGAAGACGGAGAAUGCAGAGACGAAACAAAACAACAAAAAUUAUUUGAAUAAAUGCAAAGGCCUCCUGACAGCCUCUUCUGGGCUCGUAUCGUGGGGAGGCAACCAGGCAGACCCUGCUGCUGCUGCUGCUGUUGCUGCUGUUGCUGCUGCUGCUGCUGCUGCUGCUGCGGCCCAAACUGCUGCUGCAGCUGCAGAAGGGGCAGCGGCCGCAGCAGAAAAUGCAGCCGCAGCAGCAAAAGACGCAGAAGCAGCGGGGCCUGCUGCCGUGGCUGCUGCAGCAGCAGCAGCAGCAGCUGCUGCUGCUGCUGCUGCUGCCGCCGCAGGAGAUGCAGGAACAGCAAUUGUGUCGCCUGAUACAGAGGAACAAACGCCAACCCUCUAA